GGUAUUAUUAAAGACUGCAAUGUGAACAUAGCUAUGAUAUCAUUGAUACGGGAAUCACUAAAGGCUAGACUUGGGCUGCAUGAAUUGUGGAACCGUUAUGAGUAGAGGCUUGAAUCCAUCAGCAUUGAUAGAGGCAUGAGUGAAGGCCAAGAACGUGCAACAAUCUUCUCCAACCUAGUCCUAUUUAAUCUAGUUUAUUUUCCAAUUCAAUUGUUCAUCCAGUGUCACCCAUGCUUCCACUCCUUUGUUAUCUCUUGCAUCCAUAAAACUGAUCGCACGGUCAGCCACCGCUUCCGCCACACCGGCAAACGGAACCCAUAAAGGCUUUCCCCACCCGUAAUCGACUUCAUAAACCCCAAGGUUGCACCAGCUAUUAAUCAGGACAAGAGCCAUUCCUUCGGAUACAGACUUCAAAGAUAAUUCACGAAUCACUUUCAUGGCCCCACAAAGAUUUCCCAAUCCUUCAUCUCCUUCAAAGUUCUGCACAAUGUCACCGUUGAUUGCCUUAACAGCUUCCCUCAUCUGGCGGACGAAAUCGCACAACUCUAUUCCCUCACCCUCUGGUUCUGACAUCAUGAGCGCUAUCAUCAAAAAGUUCCCCAGAGAAUUUUCAGGGAAUUGUGGGACAGCCCUUCGUCGCAUAUUCACUAAAUUUGCCACCAAAACUGAUUUUUGGAUACAUGGUUUUACCUUCUUCCAUGCAGACAUCAUGCAUUUAACAAUGAAUGCAGAGGCAACCUCUACGCGAGUCGGGUUGGGCACAAUUGAGCUUGCUGCUUUGGCUUUGAGAUUGCUCAAGAUUGAUCCAUCAAACACAAACCUCUUUGUAACAGACAUGUUAUUUUUAUACAAGACACUUGCCAAAGCUGAAGUGGUUAGAUCUUCUGGGAAUGAAUGGUUUUGGGGGAAUAUUGAUGAGGCACUAAAAUCUGGAGCCAGAGCUCCUUCAAUUGAAUCUCGAGCAAUAGUAGCCCAAGUUUUCAUGAACGCACAAAGAGCAGUUCCAUCAAAAAUCUUGUGCGAAGCCACAACACCAACUACAAUGCCACCACAAGAAAACAGAGUUUCUUGAAUCAUUAGAACAUGAUCUCCGCUAGUUAUUUCUCCGUAAAUAAUCUAAUCUAGCAAAAAUUUGGGGAAUGCUGAGAUAGUGGGGGUGUUUGAGAUAGUCACAUAAAUUGCAAUUGAUUCUGGCAUUGAUAUAGAAAGCGCCUUCAUCAUUGCAGUCAAAGGAACGAUCGUCCAAAGCCUUUCCGGCGAGAGGGUAGUAAAGAUUCAGUAUCUGUGAAAGAGAUUGUUUCAACACUUGCGAUGUUUCAGAGAUGCAUGCUUGGUUUGGUGGAUAAAAGAGAAUCAUGGGAACGUAUGUGGAGGGGACAAGUUGAUCAAGGAGAGAGACUUUAUGGGUUUUGAGAUGAUGAGUUGUUGGAGAAGGUUUGAUGCAUUCUCUGGAUACUAUCUCAACCUCCAUUAUUAUCAAUUGCAAAGCUAUGUGCUACAUCAUCAAUCUGAACCUAAUUUAGUCUAUAUACACAUGUUGUCAUGUAAUGGG